AUGAGGUUCAAGUGCGUGUCAAAGCACUGGUCAUCCCUCAUCUCCUCCCGAUAUUUCACCAACCUUUUCUUCCAAGUGUCAUCACCGAAGCGAGAACCGCGUGUGUUCAUGUUUCUUUCAGACAAUGAACACCUUUGUGCGUUGCUCUCUAAUAAUAAUAACUUUUUAUCAGACUCUUACCCUCACCUCAACCAAGAUCUGACCUUGCCGGGAAUGGGAGGCUGCUUUGUAAACGCACUUUGUGGCUUAAUGUGUUUCAGAGUUGGGCGAGAGGUGCGUAUAUGUAACCUCACCACCAGGCAGCUCGUGAACUUUCCCCAAGUGAAAUCUAACAUUUUAGAUGAAGCUGGAGGCGAGUUCCGUAUGUGGAACUAUUUUGGGCACGACUCUGUUCACGAUGAGUACAAAGUGCUCAGCACAGUUUUUGAGGUGAGUAAGGAAGAGACAGUAGUGAGAUCCGAGCAUCAGGUGUUGGUACUUGGUCCUGGAGCCUAUUGGAGAGGCACUCAGACCACAACUCUUCCUCCUCCUCCUCCUCCUCCUCAUCGUCCUUACUCACAAGGUAUCUCCAUCAACGGUGUUUUGUAUUAUGGAGCUUGGAUUGACAAGAACACAUGUGUGCUCAUGAGUUUUGACUUGACUUCUGAGGAGUUCAGUUUGAUUGAAUUACCCAUUGAGGCUAGCAUUGUCUGGCAUGUCCAUCGGGCUAAUCUCAUGAUCUACGAAAGUAAGAUAGCUGUUUUCGAGUAUUCACGUCUCAUGACUGAAUGUAUUCUAGACCUGUGGGUGGUUGAGGAACAGUGGCGUAUCUAG